ACGCUCAAGUCAAGCGAAUAGCGAUAGAAUGGGAUCAAACCUCAGUAAGGCAUUGAGCAGCCUAUGGAAGACAAAAGAAUUGCGCUUGUUAAUGCUCGGUUUGGAUGCCGCAGGAAAGACGACUAUUCUUUACAAGUUGAAACUGAAUCAGUCAGUGACGACGAUACCAACCGUUGGUUUCAAUGUAGAAACGGUCACAUACAAAAAUGUUAAGUUUAAUGUUUGGGACGUCGGUGGACAAGACAAGAUCAGACCAUUAUGGAGACAUUACUACACCGGUACACAAGGUUUGGUUUUCGUUAUCGACUCACAAGACCGCGAUAGAAUCGAUGAGGCUAGACAAGAACUCCAUAGAAUUCUUGGUGAUCGCGAAAUGAGGGACUGUCUUCUUCUCGUCUUCGCUAACAAGCAGGAUUUACCAGGAGCUAUGAGCCCUGCUGAAGUAACGGAGAAAUUGGGCUUGCACAAGAUGCGUGAGCGUAGCUGGUACGUACAUCCAUCCUGCGCUACCACGGGUGAGGGUCUAUUUGAAGGUCUCUCUUGGUUAUCCACCAACGUCAAAAAGCGUGCACAAUAAGCCAUCGUUAAUACCGUAGAUCUAAUACUUGCUAAUACUUAAUUCCUACGUCCGACAAAUCUCAAGGAUACCCAGCUCACUUAAUAACUCUCUCUAAAAUAUAUACGUGGAAUACAUUAUGAUUUUGUU